AUGGCCCAGACCCUCGCCGGCUUCCUCUACAUCGGCUGGACCUGCGACGAGAACCACAAGGCCUCCGACAAGUCCCUCCAGUUCACCGGCGCGCCCGCGGGCCCGGGCGGCAACGGCGGCGGCGGCGGCGAGGCGCCCGCGAUCGACCCGUCGGCCCUGGCGUCGCUCUCUCCCGGGCUCCACGCGCGCCUCUACGGCAUCGAGUGCUGCAACGGCCACCUCCUGAUCCGCAGCUGGGACCCCUCGGUGCGGGGCAAGAUCAACUACGCCGUGUGCAACCCCGCCACCGACGAGCUGGCCGCCGUGCCGGACCCCCCGACCCAGGGCGCGACGUGCACCUCCGCGCGCCUCGCGCUGGACCCACCCCCUGCCCUCGCCGGCGCAUCGCCGUCCCCGCGCUCCUGCUCCUACCGCAUCUUCGAGUUCCAGAGCGACCCCGGGACGAGGAGCACCCGCAGCCCCGCGGCGUGGAUCUACUCGUCGGAGACGGGGGCCUGGACGUACAGGGAGUGCGGGUGGGCGAGCGGCGCCGGGGUGACCCUGCGCGACGAGAGCAGCGGCGUCUACCACAGGGGCAGGCUGCACCUGUGCCCCCAUCGAGCCGGUGAUCGCGUCCUCAACACCCCCGAGUACAACCACCUGAGGAUGCGCGUGUGGGAGCGCGACAAGGGCCGCUGGGUCCCCAUGCACAGCAUCGACCUCCGGGAGCUGUUCGUGACCUGGGACCACCGGUUCGGGCUCAACUGCAGGGUCCUCGGGGUCCACCCGGACCGCGGCGUGGUCUACUUCCUCCAGGGGGAUAGGAGCAAGCUGGUGUCCUGCGACAUGGAGCGCGGCGACCAGGGGUCCGUGAUCUGUGAGUUCGAGUACACUAACUACCCGCGCCUACGUCCUGUAUGCUCCCUCGUUCGCGCGGUCGUUCCAAGCCUAGCUUGCUUGAUCAGUAGUGUGGUGUCUGUUGCUAUUGGAAGUCUCGUGCUUGCUCCUGCGUGUUAA